AUUCAUUUCUUGAUAGUCAUCCUCGAACAUUAUACUUCGCUCUUGGGACUAUUGUACACAUAUCUCCUCAAAACGUUAUCACUCUUUUAAAAUCUUUUCUUGAAUUAAUCAAUCAAGAUGUUAUUGAUGGUGUGAUAUGGUCUACUGUGAAAACAGACACCUCGGAUUCUCUUCAAUUAACUAAUUCUAGCUUAGAGUUGGCUGGUAUAGCUUUGAGAAUUUCAAAGUGGAAUUUAACAGUCGAUGAUAUAGUAUCAAAG